UAAACGCACCAGUUCAGGGCUCAACUGAGCAUGCGUUAGACAUGCUAACAGCUCUUGUUAGCUUCCUAUCGCUGGAAACGGAAACUUCCCUUUUGUUUCAUUUUUAUUUAACUUUAAUUUGACUCAUAUUUGACUUUCAGGUUCUGAACCAGCGAGACGCCGCGAUUAGAUUAAAUUAGAACAGAUUAUAACAAUUGAGGCUAUGACUGAAAGGAGCGAACAGCAGUUAGCCUGCGGUUGUUUUUAGCCCGAGUGAUGGGGCUCGUUUAGCCGCAGUUUAGAGACAAGCCGCCGGACCAACUGCUGAAGUGACGUUUCAGCUCCGUCCCUCUGGGUUUCAGGCCGGCGUCCGAUCACAGGAUGAUCAAGUUCGUGCUGAUGGUGAACCGGCAGGGCCAGACCAGACUGUCCAGGUAUUACCAUCCUGUGGAGCUGAGCAGGAGAGCGGCGCUGGAGUCCGACGUGGUCCGCUGCUGCCUGAGCCGCAAGAAAGACCAGUGUUCGUUCGUGGAGUAUAAAGACUUUAAACUGGUCUAUCGUCAGUACGCCGCUCUGUACAUCGUGGUCGGAGUCACAGACACAGAGAACGAGCUGUCCAUCUACGAGCUGGUCCACAACUUUGUGGAGGUUCUGGAUAAAUACUUCAGCCGAGUGAGUGAACUGGACAUCAUGUUCAACCUGGACCGAGUUCACAUCAUCCUGGACGAGAUGAUCCAGAACGGACACAUCGUGGAGACCAACAAGAGCCGAGUCCUCGCUCCGCUCACUGCCCUCGACAAGAUGGCCGACGGCUGAGACCGCUUUUCGUCGUUCCCAGGAAACGAUGUCACAGACUUUUCCUCACAUGAGCAGGUGGAGACCGAAGGACUGUAAACUGCCGGGAAUCAAACCCGCAACCCUGUGUUACUACCGAUGUUCUAAUGCCAAUAAAUCAAUCAAUCACUAAUAUUUAA